GUUGACUACUACAAACUGAACAACUAGUACUAAUCCGUGUACCAAACCCGUUACAACCAUUCAUUUAUUCGUAUCAUGUCGACCGACCCAUAUCAUGAAGUCCAGCAGGAUAUCCAAUCCUCGCUCCAGACAGCGUCGACAUUACGCUCUUCGUUCCUGCGAAUCCGCAGUUCCGCUCGGGAAGGGAGUGAAGAGCUUGUAUUGGCCCGAAACGAACUGAAAGCUACGCUUGCUACUCUGGACACCGACUUGGAGGAUUUGGAAGAGAGCGUCAAGAUGGUGGAGGAGACGGGUCCUAGAUAUUUUGGACUGGAUGAUGCAGAGGUCUCUGAGCGGCGGAAAUAUGUGGGUCGCGUACGUCGCGAAAUCGAGGGUAUGAGGGUGGACAUUGAAGGACGAAAUUUGCCGUCCGGAGGAAAAUCACUGUCCACUCCCCUUCAGUCACAAUUAUCGUUGCCCAGUGGUUCCCGGUCUACCUUACCAAUACCUGGCUCGCAAUCAGGCGAGCCCGAUGAUGAACAGGCAAAGUGGGCUCACGAAGAACAACAAUUAUUAAUUCAGGAGCAAGAUCGUACCAUGGACUCAAUAUCAGGGACUCUAAAUACUCUUGCCCAACAAGCAGGUCUGAUGGGGCACGAGAUUGUCGAGCAUGUUGAAAUGCUUGACGAUCUCGAGGCAAAUGUUGACCGGACGGAUUCCAAGCUAUCGGAUGCGAUGCGAAGAAUGAAGAAAUUUGCACGGGACACAGAAGAAACAAAGUCAGGAUGGUGUAUAACUAUCCUAAUUAUUGUGUUGAUUGCUUUAUUGUUGGCGGUCAUUCUUGUGUAAGAGCCGCGGGAUUUCUGCACGAUACCUUGGACUCACCUUCUGAUCACCGCGGCAUCCUUGCCUGCGUGAAUGCAACACAAACACUUGUGCUGAGUAUGAAGUAGGCUCAAGGUUCUAUCAGCAAGAAGGUAAGAUUCGGGGCGAACGCGUGCAGCGAUAUGCGCUCUCCGACCCCCGGGAGUGAGUCCUGAUUCAAGGGCUGCGAGGCGCAACAUUCAAUCGAGAACCACUGUACCCCAACCAUCCUCCCCCUCGAAAUCUGCAAAACAAGCAAUUUCCUUCCGGACUUACAUAUGUCGCCAUUUCAAUGGUUGUCAAUAAGGUUCAACGUCCGUGGUCGAUAUCUGAUUCCAGAUAACCAGUUUGUACACGUCACGCGGCGAUGUCAAAAUAGUACGAAUUCGGCUCUAAACCGC